ACAACAAAACACAGUUGAAUGGCAAAUAGUGAAGUCGUGCUUUCGCGAGUCGCUAGGUUUUGUUGUAAACAGAGAAAACAGGGUUUUCUAGUGAGCGUGUUUUGCUUGUGUGAUCCGUAUUGAAAAUUACAAUAAAAUUGUUGCAAACGACGGCCAGUGAGAGUGAAUGACGUGAAGCUGGAAUGUUUUUCUGAGUUUUAUUAUAUUUUGUGUAAUCCUCAAGUCGUAUCAGUAGAACACAGAUUUAACUGGAGCGGAUUGGUUUGUUGGGUUGGUUGUAUUUUGGUUUUUACGUACAGACAACAGUAAUGCGCAGCGAGGUGUCGACAGCUGGUAACUAAAAACACAACUGCGAAUAAAUUUGCAUUAGCGCAUUGUCGUUCGGACUGUGAGGACGCAGGUCGUAUCAAGAGUUCCAGCGUUUUAAGCAGUAUUCUACGAAUCUCCCAGAGCUGUUAUAUUCCAAUAGAAUUAUUAGUUCUGUGAUUCAUGGUGAAAGAAGAAUCGCCAUUUUAUUACACCUUGUUAACGAAGUGAGUGAACAGAACUACGGCAGGGUUCAAUAAAACGUUCUGUAUACAUUUUAUGCAUACAAAAGGUUCCGUUUACCUGCCUUGCGAAAAAAAUUGCAGUGAAAUAGAGUGCCCAAGUACAUGAAAAGGAAACUGGAUCGACGUAAACAGUUCUACAAAGGUGUGCGUUUUUUACGAAUUGCGCGUUGAGUUGCGUUGGCAGCUGUGUUGGUGUUUUGUUUAUACACAGUUUCUCCUUCUGUCGUAACCUGGAGAGACGGCUGCAAAGAUUCCACGUACACCAUCGGCAUCUUUGUUUACAAAUAUAGCGAAGAGCAGUAUCGGGGGAGAAUUGAUUUUUCCCUUGGCUCGGUGCACCAGCGCGCAGAGAAUUUUUCUUGUACAACCAACCGGAAAUCAUCCAUACAUUCCAGACAAAGAACAGGAGAAUGUUUAAGUCCAUCAACCUAACGAGUGAAACGGGUAAAAUGACAACGACGCCUAGAAAGAGUGAGGAUUUACUAGGAGAAUCAUGGAUUGAACUAUCAUCGAACACGAACACAUGCCCCAAGAGCCCCGACCGGACAACGCCACUACCAUUUACCUCAGUGGAAGAAUACUUGAGACUGUUACGGGAAGCCCAGAGGGAAUCGAAAGAGUCUAGCCGAGUGGCCUCGCUAACCAGUUCGCGACGAGAUUCGCCCCGCGGCAGCCCAAAGUCACCUCCCAACAGCCCAAACACGGAGCUUGCCACCACCGAGGAGGAGCUGAAAGGUGUCUACAUCAACUAUCUCAACCGAGAAGGUAAAACUACCGCCCAGAAAGAUAACGACUGGAUGUGGGAAUGGAGCAGUCGAUCGGAUCAGCUGCCACCAUCAGACUGGAAAUUUGAUCAUCCCAAACAAAGGAUCCGCAAGGUUCAGCAGGGAGGCUAUUCGAUGCGCUUGGCCCGCGUGGGUAAAAAUUCCCUUUUCUCUCGCGAAGUUCUCUACUCCCUUGUACUGACCAACGUAUUAUCGCUUUUGCUGGGCGCAGGAAUUGGCGCGUGGUUGCACAAAAGAGGACUGCUGUUUACCAGAAUUUCGAUUGAAUAAUGUGGCAACAGAUAACAUUUCUUGAUGACAGAUUGCAGUGUUUUAAGUUAUGUCCUGAAUACGCUGUUGUAAAUUAUAGUCAUCAUUCAGCAUUAUGAUUAGUGUCAAAAAAGUGAAGCAAGUAUCGGCACAAUAUGUUUGCCAUGCAUCAUAAUCUUUUCAAAAAAAAAAUCUGAUGCGUAAACAAAACUGUAAAACCUACAUGAUGCAGAGAAAUAAGUUAUUCUUGGGAUCGUGUUUGGUUAUUGACUGCUAGGGAAAAAUAUUGGAAACUCAGGAAAUUAUUGAAUACCAAAAUUAUCAAAAAAUCGGAUAGAAGGUUUGCAACGUUUGAAGCUUGACAAUGGAAAGUAAAGUGGUUUUUAAUUUAAAUUACACUGCUGUUGCUAGUGCAGAAGCCGGUUUUUGUGAACGAACUUGUUAUUUUAUUUAUCGUUGAUUCAUAUGUCAAAAUUCUACUUGUAUAUCGGAGAUUUUCAGUCUAUUCGGUUGCUUAUUGCUUUAGUAUAAUACAUCAACCACAAACACCUGGAUGGAUCAGUUUCAGUUUCAGUUGUUCGUUAUUUUUAUAUAGAUACGUUAUGCUCAAGAUUUAUUUUAUUCGAAAUAACAUAUGCUCGUCGCUAAUAAACUGGUAGAAAAAGCAAUCAGACAAGUCAAAACACAUGCACGGUAAUUUUUUUAUCGAUUAUAACGCCAACAAAGAAAACGAGAAAUGAGGAUUUAGUGAGGAAAUAUGUGGAGCCCUUUGAAAACUAUGAUAACGUUCGAUAAUAGUAUAGAAGAUAUUCAAGCAAAGAUUUAACCAUUUUGUGAACGCGUGAAGUGGUGGUAAUUGCACGCAAGACUAGGUUUGUUUCACUUUUAUAAAAUCCACUGAAAAAAUUGUGGACCCACUGAAUAAACAAACGAACGCAAAAGUAAAAUUCCAUUUUGAAUCAAACCAGAGGAGACAGCUUUCACUAACUGUUUCUUCACUAUGACUAUAAAUUAGGAGAAGUUUUUUGCUUAAAAUGUUAUGUUAUACCAUUGUCAUAUAAAUUGCUAUAUGUGCUGCAUUAGUUUAUGUUUUGAAUCCCAUCAUUGUAGAGCCUGUAACACAAAUCUGUUUUGCUCAUGCUAAAAAAGUUUUUAUUGAACUGCUGAUAUGAUUAAUAUGUAUUUCAUACAGAGUUUUACCUGUUGAUCAGGCAGCUUCGUUUAAAAUAGGUAUUCAAUUUUAAUCAGCUUAUUCUCAAUCGGUUUCCAAAACGUGGUCAAAAUGUGAAAUUUAUCUGGUUGAGAAAAUUAUGUAAAACAUUGAUUCUUUUAUAUCAUCAUGACGCCAUCUGGUAGCAUUAAAUUUCAUACUCUGACGAAGCUUUUUGCUAUGCCACAGUUUGUCCCAAGUAUGGUCAAAAUACAACGUUCAUCAUCAGUAACAGUAAGGGUAAUGGAUAUACUUGGAAUUAUAUAUUUCAGCAUUUCGUUUGAAUUCCAUUUUUCUCGCUCACUUUGACAUGCUAGUGUAAGAAAUAAUCUGAAUUUGAUGUCUUAUUGGCUUUUCUGUAAUCGGUAACAAACAGUAUAAAUAUUCAAAUAUUAUAAUUAUUUUUUAGCAUAACCUUUGAACUAGAAGUUUUUUUACAUACAUCCAUAAUGUGAAAAUAAAACUGUUCACAGUACAAUGAAAAUUGCAUUAUUUAAAGAAAGAACUUAGUAGGCAAAAAAUAGAGACAGAUCUCGUACUUAGGAAAUCCAGGAUAAAGGCGCAGCAGUAUAGAAAGUAUGUCUGCUUCUUGAUUCUUUGUAUUCAAAGCACUUAAGGCGACUGUCAAAGAUGAUUGUCACUUUUUGAAGCUCAUUUCUAUUGACAAUGCGUUAUUAGAAGUUUUGAAUGCUUCAAAAAAUGCUAGGAUAUCGGAUCACGUCGGAAGAUUUUCUGCAGGAGUCUUAUUCAAAACCUGCCGAAGAAGUUUGAUACCCUAUUCAGUGCCUCCACAAUUAUGGGUCAGCUACAAUUAUUGGUCACUUUUACGCAACUAAGUCUAUUCUCACGAAACUGAACAAUUUUUAUUGGCAGUGGUAUUUUUUAUAACUCAAUUGUAACCCUAUUCAUACGAUUGAAAUGAUUUUUUGUUGAAAAUGUUACUAAAAAUAAUAAUUCUGCUCGGUGCAAUAAAUGAAGUGACCCAUAAUUGUAGCAAUGUUACGUUUUGCGAUGCACAAUUGUGGGUCAGUCCAUAUUUUGGCUAUUUUUGUUACUUCUGCAUGAAAAUACAUCACGACCUAAUAAAAUAACUUAUUAUCAAGCUUUUACAACAAUAAAAUAACUUUUGUGAUGGAUUUUGAUGGUUUUAUAAACUAAAUGAUCUUAAAGGCCCAAAGUGACCCAUAAUUGUGUCUUUUACUUUGCAAGUACUUUUUUUUCUUAACCGAUUUACACAAAUCAGCUGCAGUGAAACUAAUUGUCGUUCGAAAAUUUACAUCAGAACACAGAAAUAGAUAGUAAAACAUUCGUAGUUGAUAACUUAUCCGAUUUUAUAUUCAUUUUUAAGCAUUUAGGCAAUACGUUGACUGACCCAUAAUUGUAGAGAGACUGUAUAAAUAAAUAGAAAAUUAUGGGCUUUAAGCUAAUUAUUGAUUGAAUAAUUAUUAGAACACGAAAAAGUUUUAGUUCUAUUAUUUUUUUUUUCAUUUUAUUUACAAGAGUUUUAGGCAACAAUGCUUCAAAAGUUCCACUAAAUUCUGAAAGGGGGCUGCCAAUAUCUGGUGGAGAUAUCGCGAAAUCCUUCUAUAGUUAAUUUACAUCUAACACUGUCGGAAUAUAUCUGCAACGUUUUAAUCAAGAUGAAACUUACUUGGAUAUCUGAAGAAUAUAGUUAGGAAAAAAAAAUUCAACAUUCCGAGAUCCGCAUAAAUUUAAAAUGUGUAGGAAACAGCGCGAAAAUAUAAUAAAAAUGAAACAGGAACCAUCGUGCUGCUUAUUUAAAUUUUGGAAUACUCGAAAUAAUGUUUUUAUCGAAAAAUGUGUAGGGUUUAUAAUAUUUCAGACUCUGUAGACACUCAAGUUUAUUCGCCGAGAAAUUGGUUUACCUACAAAUGGCCGAACGGCCGAAUUUCAAAUGGCUGAAAUAACAAACGGCCGAAUAACAAAAGGCCAAAUCAAGAAUUUUCAACAAUUUCCUGCAAAUUGAUUGAUUAUUGGAAUAAAACAUUCAAUUUGAUGACACUA